AUGGAAAAGAAAAAGUCGCUUAACUCUAACGCCUUUUUCACCUUUGUUAUUUUGCAAUCGCUCCUACGCACCAAAUCGGGGACUUUGGCAGAACGAGGUGCGAUCACGUCAACACCCCUCAUGUGGUCGUCAAUGUGUAUGAGUAAGUCAGGCCUAACUCUACACCGAAUGUCACGACACGGGUAUCAACCUAUUCGCGCGCACACCAGCCAACGCGACGAAUGCGAAGAAACAGCACUGCACCUCUUGAGUUGCCCCGCUCUUCAGCCACUCCGAGUUCAAUUUGCGAUAGUUGAUGAUGUACCCCUGAUGAAACUAUGUUUUUCUAAGCGGUUAGCAAAAUUCCUUAUUGCGGUGGAGCGGAACUACACUAUACCACAGUUUUCACACCCAAGAAACCCUACGCAGCCCACCUCCCACCCCCCACCUCUCUAA